AUGGAUCACGGUACCAACAACCAGUCCAAGAACAAGGACAAGGACGACCCUGUCACAUCCACCGCGGCUGUUGACGACGCUCCUCCGAGCCCUUCCUCCCAAGCAUCUGACUCGACGAUGCGCUCUUUGAUGGCAAUGGAUCAAGCUACCGAGAAGCUGGUCCACCUCUCGCGCAUGGUCGCUAAAUCCAGCAUGAACAGCGAAUUCCUGCAGGACACCGAGCCGGCUUUCGCCAGCGCCUUGGAAGUCUUCUCCAGUGCAGCUCGUACGGUCGUCAUAUUGGCCGGCGAUCGCAAACUGAACUGA